AUGCGGAAUAAUAAAAGGAUCAGAUACGAAGACGCCCACAGUCUCAACUGCUCUAACUACACUCUGUUCGUAUCUGUAUUGACAAAGGUGUAUUCCGUAAUUAUGGUUCGACAAUUCAACAUCGAAUUCGAGGCACAGGGCGACCUUGCGUUCCAUCUUCCGAAUGAGAGGGACAGAAACGGCAACCCUAUCGCACACCGAAAGGCCAUCACAGGAACUGACCGUGAGGGCAAUGCUAGCCUUAUGUCAGUGAUCGGUAUAAUGCCAACUGUGGUACACGGCUUUGCUGACGGGGUACCGUACACCCUGGCAAUCUUCGAAUGGAAAGCCGAGGCUUUGCGUCAGGGUCUCCGUUUCAAAAGAGUGUCUAUCGAGAUGGAAUUCUCCGCGAAGGGAGACAGAGGCGACGCCGAGCAAGACGCGAAGGAGCUUCGUCAACUAAACUUUUCCGAUAACUACUGGGACCCGGAAGUGAUGGAGGUUGCGCCGGAAGGUACUCAAUUUCACAAUUACACAAAACGCAAGGUUGGGGGUAAGAGUAAUCUGGAGCUUGGUUUCAGUGCCUCAUUCGCCCAAUUCUUCAAUGCCGGUCCGAAGUGGACGUUCGAGCGGGAUACUUCACGCAAUAUCAGCGACGCCAUUCAAGUCACAGGCCAAGGUUUUGUGGUUGGGUCCGACCGUAACCGCUCUAAUGCCGUUCGAUGGAUCAUGCUUGAAAACGAGUCUCAACGCUCCGGAGUACCUACCUACCUCCGCACCGCAGUGUUAUUGAAACGAAUGCCUAAUGACAAUGGAAUUUUUCAUGGCACCGUCAGAGUGGAGACCCACGUAUCUCUGUAUGAAGACUUCAAAGAGAAGAUGUACAAAUACAAAGGACAGAUCAAGACUGAUGAACCUGUUAUCUUUAACCCUAAGAUCCUGGAACAAUCUACUUUCGAUCCCCACCAGCUCGGUAACGUCGAUCUUCAGCGAGAGUUCCGAAUCUACUCGCUCAAACCACCUGUUGACGGGGAUGAUGAUGGCGAUGAAAAGGGGGAGGAGGAAAAUGGUUUGGCUGAAAUCAGUGUGUCUAUAUAA